CUAACAGGAUACUAGGUAAGGGAGCGCGGUGUGCGCGUGCCCUCAGCCUGUUCCUGACGCCAGCUCGUUUCCCUCGCGGGCACCGGUACGGGUCGCGUCCUUUGUUCACCCUCAGGAUCUCUCUCGGCCAGCAUGGGUCCGGGUUUAAAAGCGGCGAAAGUGGAAGUAACAGCUCAGUGGUUACAAUGUUGGGCUUCUGAACCAAAAGUUGGAGUUUAAUCCCAGCACCACCAACCUGCCAGUUCUGGGCCCUUGUGCAAGUCCUUAACCCUCAGUUGUAUAAAUAAGAAAGAUCCAUUUUGAAGAAAAGGUAUGACAGAGAUAGGCGGUAGUUUGGGAGUUCAGAAGUGUUUAUAAAGGAGAACAUCGAGAAAAGAAAGGAGUAAAGAAUAGUAGGUGUUUUGGGACCACGAACUCAAAGAAUCAAGGCAUUGUUUUCUGGAGGCAGUUGAAGUUGGACACUAAAAUGAUGGACGUGGUGUUCUUGGUGUUUUCGGUGGUCUCUGUGUUUGGUGUUCUGCCCCGCUGGUUGAAAGUACUCCUGUUUCUCAGGAUGGUCUUCCAACAGACUGCUCUGAUGUUUAUGCUAGAGGUCAGAAAGUCAGUGGUGUGUACACAAUCUACCCCACAGCAGGCACACCUGUCCAGGUCUACUGUGAUAUGGGCUGUCUGGGAAGCAAAGCUGAUGAUGGGUGUUGGACGGUGAUUCAGAGGAGAAUGGACGGCAGUGUGAACUUCUACAGACCAUGGAAACACUACAAGAAAGGGUUUGGGAACAAGUAUGGAGAAUACUGGCUGGGAUUAGAAAACAUCUACCAGCUCACACACAAGAGGAAAUACGAGCUGAAGGUGGACCUGCAGGACUUUGAUGGAGCAACAGCUUUUGCUCGCUAUUCCUCCUUCUCUAUAGACUCUGAAGCUGAAGGCUACAAACUGCAUGUUAGUGGUUUCAUCAAUGGAGGUGCAGGUGAUUCUCUGGCUACACACAAUGGACAGAAAUUCUCCACCUUUGAUAAAGACCAGGACUCGUAUGCAGAGAGGAACUGUGCUAAACUCUACCUUGGGGCUUUUUGGUACAGUAACUGCCACCAUGCUAAUCCUAACGGGAUUUACCUGUGGGGACGUGAUGGUACUUAUUCCGGCAUUGGAAAUGUGUGGCAGCACUGGAGACCCCAUGAUCAUUCUCUCAAGUACAUCGCUAUGAAGAUCAGACCUGUAGCAAAAUGAUGAGUUUCUCUUUAUAACAUCAUUGUUCUUCAUGAGGUGGUGGUGGAUUCUUUCUCAUCAUUCUUUUAAUCUCUUUUCUGUCACUUACAAUUCAGAAGCAGAAUAAAAUCACACGUGCAAAAUAAUAAAUAAAAAAUAGCAUUUUA